AUGCUCAACAUACUCCCCAAUGGAAAAUCGUUCAAGAAGGAAGAAAGAUCAGCUGUUAAAAAAGAUAUUAAAGAGUGGUUUGCCCAGUACAGUCGUAAGAGAAGUCAGAAAAUGCUGAGGAUGGGAAAGUCGUGGCACACCCGGCGUGUGUUCCAGCAUGAGAACAAGGACGCCAUUGAUACCGAAGCGAAAAGGCUUUGUGCCGAAGCCAUUGAAGAGGGACAAAAGAGGCCUAAAGGGGGAGAUCCCACUCAUUUUGAUUUUUGGGAGUGGGUCGUGACUCAAAUGAUGGGAAAACUGAAGAAAAGGGAGAAAGACGUACUGCAGAGGACAGCCAAGGAGUACAACAAGAAGGGAGUUGACCCGGAACUCAAGUCCAAACUGGCUGUAAAGAACUGCACAGCUCGGAUGCAUGCAUUUUCCAAGGAACUUUAUGACACAAUGGGUGUCUGGGUCUUUAUCUUAGGAUGUUAUCUGAAGCCCGAUGCCGGACUUUCCAUGAGGAAGGAAUAUUGGUAUCUUCUUGGAGAGCACACAAUGAAGAAUACUAUGGGUUGGAGGAUCUUGCUUCGGCCGAAGGAGGACACCGAUCCCAGGCACUAUACUGGGCAGAGUAAGGGAUCGGCUCCUUGGACGGCUAUUGGAUCAAAGUUACUUGACUUCAUUGAUCUAGAAUAUAUACCCCCGGCUUGGAGAUCAGUAAAUGGAGAAGGUAACAACUUUUACAAGUUUCUUGAUCCCUCCAAAUUCCCAAUGGAGAUGGUCACUGAAGCUCUCCAGUUUUGUGUUGGGAAGGGCAAGAAGCCCAGCAGAAGCAAGGGUCAAAGGAGAGGGCGGGCAGCAACCAAGUCACCGUCAGAUGAGGAAGCCAGGCCAAAGAGAAAGGAAGGGGUGGAAGAUCGGCAGUUCGAUGACAACAGUUGGAAGGAUUUGGAUGUGGAUAAGCCGGCCAAGAAACGAACCGAACAGUUUUCUAAGGAUGACUGGACUCCUGAUCGGGAUGGCUCCGAUGACGAUGGAGAAGACUUGGACAUGGAGAAACCAACCAAGAAACCAACCAAACAGCAUGACAAACAUCGUGAGGAUGGCUCUGAUGAUAGUGACUCAGACUCCAAUAAUGGUCAAGAGAGGCCGAAGCAGGAUACUCUGACUGAGCCCACAGUGAAACCUAGCAGGGUCAACCCGACCUUGGAAGAGGAUAGAGACUCGGCAUCAGAUUUGGGCUCAGACGAUGCUACAAUCAUGGUAGAUACCAGCCCCAAGCUUCAGCCUCGGUACAACAACACCUGGGCUCUCUCCCAUGAAGUACCAUCAGACAGUGAGGUCUUGGCUGAUGAUACAUUUUGGGAAGCCGACCUGGGCUGUGGGGUGGAAUCAGCUGAUCGAGCAAAGAAGAGAAAAUUCACUGAUGAGGAGGAUACACCCUGCAAGUUUCCUCGGUUAGAGAAGGGUUAUAAACUUGGCCCGAGGAGUGCCCGACCAGGCAAAGUCAAAUGCCGAGCUGCCUCAGCUGUUAUCCAAGCCACUGUCAAACCAGCUCAAGCAACCAAUCUGAGGUCAGACACAACCAAAGCUUCGAAUAGCUUUGAUUUCACUAAGUCAAGUGGUGUCAACGCAAAACGACCAGUCCCUUCAAAACAAAAGGAGUCAGAGGCCGGUCCCAGUCAGCAACCAUCUAUUGAUGUCCCCACCAAGCCAAAACCAAAACCUCAUCCUAUCAUGAAAGGCAAGGUUUCUACAGGGGAACUCGGUAUAGUAACCCGAGAACGGUUGAAAAAGAUUGCUGAAGAAAGUGUUCGUUCCACCCGGUCCAAGAAAGUUUCAUUCCAUGACAAACAUCGUGAGGAUGGCUCUGAUGAUAGUGACUCAGACUCCAAUAAUGGUCAAGAGAGGCCGAAGCAGGAUACUCUGACUGAGCCCACAGUGAAACCUAGCAGGGUCAACCCGACCUUGGAAGAGGAUAGAGACUCGGCAUCAGAUUUGGGCUCAGACGAUGCUACAAUCAUGGUAGAUACCAGCCCCAAGCUUCAGCCUCGGUACAACAACACCUGGGCUCUCUCCCAUGAAGUACCAUCAGACAGUGAGGUCUUGGCUGAUGAUACAUUUUGGGAAGCCGACCUGGGCUGUGGGGUGGAAUCGGCCGAUCGAGCAAAGAAGAGAAAAUUCACUGAUGAGGAGGAUACACCCUGCAAGUUUCCUCGGUUAGAGAAGGGUUAUAAACUUGGCCCGAGGAGUGCCCAACCAGGCAAAGUCAAAUGCCGAGCUGCCUCAGCUGUUAUCCAAGCCACUGUCAAACCAGCUCAAGCAACCAAUCCGAGGUUGGACACAACCAAAGCUUCAAAUAGCUUUGAUUUCACAAAGUCAAGUGUCGUCAACGCAAAACAACCAGUCCCUUCAAAACAAAAGGAGUCAGAGGCCAGUCCCAGUCAGCAAUCAUCUGUUGAUGUCCCCACCAAGCCAAAGCCAAAACCUCGUCCUAUCAUGAAAGCCAAGGUUUCUACAGGGGAACUCGGUAUAGUAACCCAAGAACGGUCAAAAAAGAUUGCUGAAGAAAGUGUUCGUUCCACCCGGUCCAAGAAAGUUUCAUUCGCCAGUUAA